AGGAGCUUUUGACGCCAGAGCAGUACAACGCGCCCCAUCCGAACCCGCAGAACUCCUUCGGUUCCACCUACGGGGAGCACCGCGAGUUCCUCGAGCUGAGCCUGGACGACCACCGGGAGCUCCAGAAACAUUGCCAGUCGAUCGGGCUCGAGUAUUCGUGCUCCACGUGGGACCUGACGUCUGCGAAGGAGAUCGUCCAGCUCAACCCGUGUCUGAUCAAGGUCGGGUCCCCCUCCAACAUGCACUGGCCCAUGAUGGAGUACCUCCGCGAGCACUACACAGGGGAGGUCCACAUCUCAACGGGCAUGACCACUAAGGAUGAGAUCGAGCAGAUUGUGAAGUUCUGGGAGGAGGGUAAGGGCGAUGCCAAGAACCGCGUCGUGCUGUACAACUGCACCUCCGGGUAUCCCGUGCCGUUCAAGGACGUUUGCUUGCUCGACAUCCGCUUGCUGCAGGAGAAGUACCAGGACCGCGUCAAGCACAUCGGCUUCUCGGGGCACCACCUCGGCAUCGCCAUCGACGUCGCCGCGUACGCGAUGGGUGCGGUCUGGAUCGAGCGCCACUUCACCAAGGACCGCACGUGGAAGGGCACCGACCACGCCGCCUCCCUGGAGCCGGCCGGCCUCACGAAGCUUGUCCGCGACCUGGCCGCGUGCUACACCGCCUGCACGUACAAGGAGACGGAUAUCUUGCCGCUGGAGUCGGAGCAGCGCGCGAAGCUGAAAUGGGGUCUCUACAAUAAGGACAUCGUGGCCAAGCUCAAGGAUCGUCGCCCAGCUUGAUGAGGC